AUGGGAAUUCAUCUUUCAAAAAAUAAACAAUACAAAGAACUUGGUAAUAAUAAUGAAGAUAACAAUAACGAACAGGAAAUUAAUAAAGAACGAAAAUAUUAUUUGCCUAAUGAUAAUGAAGAUGUUGAUAGAUUGCAUACCGCUCAUUUUUUAACUCGAUAUUUAUAUACAAGUAACUUUUCUUCACCUAUAGAGCAAAAAUGCGGUCCAGGAACAUGGCUAUUAGAUGUCGCCGGGAAUUAUAUGGAAAGUUGUUUCAUUGGAAUUGAUUUAGAAUUUGAAUUUCCAAGUGAGAUAAAACCGAAAAAUUUGGUAUUCGUACAAGCAGAUAUACUAAAUGGGUUACCUUACAACAAUGAUGAAUUUUAUUUUGUUCAUCAAGAAAAUAUGAUGCACACACUCGAAUCAGACAAAUGGGAUUUCGUAAUAUCUGAAUUGGUUAGAAUAACAAAACCUGGUGGAUAUAUUGAACUAUUUGAAUCAUCUACGUCGAGAAAAGAUAUUGGACCUAAAUUUAACGAAUUUCUUGAUGCACCGUCAAUACGAGGAGUAGAUAUGAAUAUAACACCACGUUUACCUUCAAUGUUACAAUCUCAUCAAAAUAUCUGUAAUGUUCAUAAGGAUUUAAAACAUUAUACUCUUGGUAAAAAUGGUGGACAUGCUGGUGUUAUACAUGCUGAUAUUAUAAAAUCUCUUGCUACAAGUAAACUAACUUCAGAAACGUUGAGCAAAGAUUCAGGAUUCAGCAUAGAAGAAUAUAACAAGUUGAUAGAGGAUGCGUUCGAGGAAGUAAAUCGUACAAAAUGCGAAAUGAUCUCUAAUAGGAUUUGGGCACAAAAAACUGUUAACCAAUAA